CGACGAGUGAAAGCGAGCCGGCUGGGGGCCCGGGGAGGCGGUUGCCAUGGCGACGAGGCAGCUGGCCAGGCAGCUAGGCAUUAUUCGAAGUGUUUCCAAACCGCCUCCCGGUAGCCAGAGCCACAACCAAUGCAAGCUGCGGCAGCUGUUUGACUACUUAAUAAUUAUUGAUUUUGAGUCUACCUGCUGGAAGGAUGUCCGAAGAUGUCAAGAAAUAAUUGAAUUUCCAGCAGUUCUCUUGAACACCUCAAAUGGAGAAAUUGAGACUGAAUUUCAUACGUACGUCCAGCCCCAAGAACAUCCGACUCUCUCUGAAUUUUGUAUUGAGCUAACUGGAAUAAAACAGGAUCAAGUCGAUGAAGGGGUUCCACUGCAUAUAAGCCUAUCCCAAUUUUCUAAGUGGAUUCACAAGAUCCAGGAGGAGAAAAACAUUGUUUUUGGUUCGACGGGUGCUGCUCCUGAAGAAAAAUUAUGUGCCUUUGUUACGUGGUCAGAUUGGGACCUGGGAAUUUGCCUGCACUAUGAAUGUAAAAGAAAACAGCUACGGAAGCCUAAUAUUUUAAAUUCUUGGAUUGACCUACGGGCCACUUACAAGAGCUUUUACUCUAGGAAGCCCCAAGGUUUAAAUGGCGCAUUGAAAGACGUGGGUAUCACUUUUGAAGGACGGGAGCACUCUGGCCUGCAUGAUUCUCGGAAUACAGCUCGCCUCGCAUGGAAGAUGAUUCGUGAUGGGUGUGUAAUGAAAAUCACAAAAUCGUUGGAUAAGGCACCUCCAGCUAAGAAUUCCCUGGCCAGAUUUGGGGAGAGUGAGAAACCUAACCAUGGUGGCCCUUUGGGAAUCAACCCUCUUGUCAAAACAUCACCUUUGGAUGAAAGCGAAAAGGAAGUUCCUCCAGAAAUCGAGAGAAAAGAGGAAGACUCAGCACAAGAGACGGUUCGCGUAGGCUUGUUCGAAGACGCACCUCUUACGUCUAAAAAGAGCAGAAAGACUGAUGAAUGUUGUAGCACCAAACACAAUCUAACUUCAUCCAUAGGAAGACCCCAUUGGCUUCUGGGUAAUCUUCAGCACCCCUGCUAUAGACCUUCAAGCCUUCAGAGUCGGGGCCAACUCAUUUCAAACCCUUCUACACCCAUUCGAAGUCUAGUUUUGGUCCCCACGACUCUUUCCACCGUCAACAUUUCCGAGACCGACAUCAGCACCACUCCAGAUUGCCUAUCUUUGUUGGCCGACUGGGAGGACGUCGCAAUCAUACCACAAAAGGAAGAUGACCCAGAUCCAGAAUGCUCACCCUUAAAAGAUAACUCCCCAACUAAGAGCGCAUUCGUGACGGAAGAUAGGAACAAAUCGAUGAAUCAGGGAGAUGAAUACAGGGUAGAUGUUCCUCUGAGUAGAGAGCUCUCAAAAUGUGUGGUCUACAAGAGUCCAAAUACGACUAUUUACAACGCGGGCCGAGCUCCCAACAAACCUUCCGAUGCUUCAAGGUUUAAGCUUCCGGUUGUAACAGAUGCAGAGGCAUCUUCCCCCAACCCGCCAGACAGAAAUCUUCUCGCCCCUUCGACCGAGGCCCUCAAAAGGAAGCCUUCCAGCCCCAAAUCUUUGCCUCCCAGCAAAAAAACGCCUUACAGAAUCUACGAGGACGGAAGCCCAACGUCGAACAGCUUCUCGUCGCCCAGGGCGAAUCCGUGCGGCGUCUCUCCGGCUCUCUUGAGCUCUUCGGGUAAUUUCAACCCGACUUUCAGGGUACCAGAAACCGGGAGGGUGACCCCUCCGUUAUGCCGGUGUGGCCGAAGAGCUCGAAGGUUGAACGUUUCAAACGGUGGCCCUAAUCAGGGCAAAGCAUUUUAUAGCUGCCCAGUGAGAAAAUGCGAAAGGAAUACAAAGGGCUGCAACUAUUUCCGAUGGGAACAUUCGCUUAUAAAGGAGAAAAUGGCCCUUCCGGCUUCAACUUUAGAGGCUGGGGGCUUAAAGUCUUUGAAAACUCAGGACUACCCCUCCCUGGGAAAUAUUAAACCGAAGUGCCUGAAUCUUCGGCCUUCCAUGCGAACUUAGGAGGUUUUUUUUCCCCUUGCCUUUUAUUGGGAAAAUGGAGUAUUUCAGACUUCGGAAAGUUAGCUUUCUUUUCUACAAAGUGUAAUCGUGUUUAGAAGCAUCACCGAAACUGCGUGUGAAAUUUAGCAUCUGGUCUCGUCUGAAUGCAGUACCACAAACUGUCUUGUCUUUUAAAUGUGUACUUUCUCGUCUCUAUUUUCUAGGCUCCUAAUUUUUUUAUUUUUAGUUUUUGAAUCAUAUUGUCUAUACUUUAAAUCAGUAAGCCCGACUGCUGAGAAAUUGCUUUUUUAAAGAACUGGCUUGUAAAACUUGCAUCAUGUCCUUUUAAAAUAUCCUUUCAUAUAUUCUUGAUUCUGAGAAGUGAAAUAAAAUGAACUCCUCUCCCC